GUAGGCUGGGUUGGCCCCCCUUCAACCAUCGUUUUGUUUCCCCUCCCAUUCACAUUCUUUGUUUCGGUCGCCUGGAAACUCCAAGUGGAGCCGCAACUAGACUUUGAGGCGGCGAAUUUCUACACGAUUGCUCGAAAUAAUCUGGGAACUUCAUUCAGCUUCGGAAUGGACACUGAUAACGAUUUCACAUUUUGCCAGGUUGGCUCACCUGAAAACCAGGAUGCUCUCGAAACAAAGAAGCUUGCUUCAGAUAUAGAUGCUAUUAACAUAAACGAUGGAUUGUCGAAUGGCACUAUUAGCAAUCAGAAUAGUGGUUCAAUGUGGAAAGGUGGAGUGCCAAGGGGUGCCACCUCUGAAAAACAGAAAACAGUUGGAUCUUUGUCUGUCACUGUUAUUGAUGCGUCAUCCACGAACGAAUACUCACAAUUUCCAAAAAAAGUACCAUCAGGAGAUGGUGGAAAGUCAGUGAAGCCUGCACCUCGUGCCAAAGUUCCUUUUGAGAAGGGAUAUAGCCAAAUGGAUUGGCUUAAGCUUACUCGAACACAUCCUGACCUUGCAGGUUUGAAGGGACAGUCAAAUAAGAGGCUUAUUUCCAUGAAUGAAGUUAAACAGCACCAAAAAGGGGAUUCUAUGUGGACUGUUCUAAAAGGCCGUGUGUACAAUUUAUCUCCAUACAUGAGAUUUCACCCUGGAGGUGUUGAUAUUCUAAAGAAGGCUGUGGGGAAAGACUGCACUUCUUUAUUCAAUAAAUACCAUGCUUGGGUCAAUGCUGAUUUUUUACUUGAGAAGUGUCUCGUUGGUACUUUAGAUGAUGGACAAGGGCAGCAAAAUUCCAGUCACUAAAAAGUAUAGGCUCAUACUUCAUACAUGCAGAUUGGUCCAGCAAAUCAUUCAAAGUGACAAGUUAACAUUAUAUUGAUACCUGAUUAUGUAUCUAAUUUUUGUAACAAUAUUUACUUUUGCAUAUAAUUUGUGUAUCAAUCUGUCAAACUCAGAUUUUUUUCAUCAUCUUACCUGUUUUCAUUAACUUAUUAGAAAUGUAACUACAUGCAAUUGAACAUUAUGAUUUGUACUUUC